GCUCAAAGACCGGCAGCCAUGCGAUACUUCAAAAAUGACAUGCACACUUGUUGUGCAGACGGGCAAAGUGUUUGUUUGUAAGUUGAAGAGUUGAAUUUACGCUAGAUCAAAAGCGAGCUACUUGUAAACAAUAGCCAUCCUUUCGUGAUCUGCCUUUAGGACAUUAUUUCUGGAACUUUGGAUCUUCUACCAUGGACUCUAAACGGAAAACGAAGCGCGUGGCGACGGUGAACUUGCUACCGGCAAGAUCCGUGUGUCUGUCCGUCCGCUGUCCACCAGGAGGAUCUUCCCAACUUUAGGAGCGACUUUUUCCAGGUUGGAGACCUCGGCGGCGAUAAAGCUCCACCUUAGUUGGCUCCCAUUGCAGCCAAGAUGCCAGCACCGCACAACGGCGGCGUCACCACUCCCGCGCCUCGCAAUUGUUCACGGUCGGAGAGGCGGGCCCCGAGACCCGUCGCCACCGCCAUUCUGGCCCUUCUGGCCCUGCUGCUCCUCGGCCCCGCCCUGCCGCCGGCCUGGACCGACGCGGCGGCGGGCCGGGACUACUACGAGCUGCUGGGGGUGGGCAGGGACGCCAACACGCGCCAGAUCCGACAGGCCUUCAAGAAACUGGCGCUCACCAUGCACCCCGACAAGAACCCGGGAGACGCGGAGGCCCACGACAAGUUCCUGCGGAUCAACCGAGCCUACGAGGUCCUGAAGGACGACGACCUGCGUGAGAAAUACGACAAGUACGGCGAGAAGGGGCUGGAGCGGCCGCAAGGGGGGCGAUACGAGAGCUGGAACUUCUACCGCUACGACUUUGGCAUCUACGACGACGACCUGGAGAUCAUCACGCUGGACACUGGCGACUUUGAGGCGGCGGUGAAUUCCGGGGAGAUCUGGUUCAUCAACUUUUACUCGCCACGUUGUUCGCAUUGCCACCAGCUCGCUCCCACGUGGCGGGAGUUUGCCAAGGAGAUGGAGGGCGCCAUUCGCAUCGGGGCGGUCAACUGCGGCGACGAGCACGGCUUGUGUCGGCGCCAAGGCAUCGGCAGCUACCCCAGCCUCUACAUCUUCACGGCGGGACACAAAGCGGAGAAGUUCCACGGCGAGCGCCGCAAAGACGAUCUGGUCACCUUCAGCAUGCGCUUCAUCAAGACCAGCGACGUGCAGCUGCAGCAAGGAAACGUGUUUGGAGAGAUGGAGAGCGCCUUCGCCGCCGGCCUGAGCUGGCUGGUCACCUUCUGCGCCGACACGGGAGAUUGUCUGGAGCGCGGGACGCGACAGAAGUUGGCCGCCAUGCUGGACGGCCUGGUGAGGGUGGGCUGGAUGGACUGCGGCGCUCAGCUGCAACUUUGCCAGAGUUUCCAGGUCACCGGCGGAGCGACUGCCCUCUUCCUGCCGGGAAGCGCUUUGGAUAAGGAAGGCGGCGUGCUGUGGCUCCACACUCUGGACAGCAGGGAGAUCUACACUCAGGUCCUGCGCCGCCUACCCGACUUGCAGCUGCUCACGGCAGACGGCUUCCACUUCAAGCUGGCCCGCCACCGCUGGUUGAUCGCGUUCACGUUUGGAGAGCGCGGGCGAGACGCCGACGAGUACAAGAAGCUGCGGGCCUUCCUGCGCGACGACCACAUCCAGGUGGGCCGGGUGGACUGCCUCGCUGACCCGAAGCUGUGCCGUUCCUUGCACAUCCACAAAGCUUGCGUGGCCGUCUUCAAAGGCCUGGGAGUCCACGACUUUGAGAUCCAUCACGGCAAGGACGCCGUCUACAACGUGGUGGCCUUUGCCCGGGACAGCGUGCGGGCUCACGUGACCACGCUGAGACCCGACAACUUUCCGUCCGGCGGCAGCCAGCCGUGGCUGGUGGACUUCUUUGCUCCCUGGUGCCCGCCGUGUCGCGCUCUGCUUCCCGAGUUGAGGAAAGCGUCCAUCCGGCUGGCGGGACGGCUCAAGUUCGGCACCUUGGACUGCACCGUCCACCGGGACCUCUGCUCCGCGCACAACAUCGGUGCGUACCCCACUACCGUCCUCUUCAACGGCUCGGCCGUUCACCGCUACGAAGGUCGACACUCGGCCGACGGCAUCCUGGAGUUCGUCCAGGACCUGGUCGACCCGUCCGUGGUGGUUCUCGAUCCGUCCGGCUUUGCCGAGAAAGUGACGGGUUUAGGCCAGGGUGAGAUCUGGGCCAUUGAUUUUUCCGCACCCUGGUGCGGUCCGUGCCAGGCUCUGCUGCCCGAAUGGAGACGCAUGGCACGGAUGGUGUCGGGCCAUAUUCUGGUGGGUUCCGUGGACUGCCAGCGCUUCCAGUCCUUUUGCCAAAGUCAAAACGUGCGCUCGUACCCUGAACUGCGCUUGUACUCCGGCGGCGGGAAGACGGCCUAUCGCCACACGAGUUAUAGUGGCUAUCACAGAGACGCGCACACGCUGCGAAGGUGGGCGCUCAGCGCGUUGCCCCGAGCAUCGUCGGACCUGACACCAAGCUCCUUUGACGCUCUGCUGCUGGAGCCUCGCGACCCCUGGGUGGUGGACUUCUACGCCCCGUGGUGCGGACCCUGCAAGCACUUCUCCCCCGAGUUUGAGGUUCUGGCUCGGGUCCUGAAAGGAGAAGUCCGGGCCGCUAAGAUUGACUGCCAGGCUCAUUCUCAGACCUGUCAGUCGGCCGGAAUCGCCGCCUACCCCACGGUACGCUUCUACCCGAGCCAGGACACUGACAGGCGGCCGCACGAUGGCGAGAACAUCAACAGCCGCGACGGCACCGUAAUAGCAGACAUCAUCAGACAGAGACUGCGAGCCUCGUCGUCACGCUGGCACAACAACAGAAAGGACGAACUCUGACCGACGGGAUCGGAUCGGAGCGAGCGAGCCAGCCACAAACACUACCGAGGCGUGCGCGGAAGACACACUGGAUGGACUCUGUUGUGGCCGACUUCUGCCUUGUUUUCAUGUUUGUUUGUUUUUUAACGUGGACGUACGUCUCUGCGGUUGCUAUUAACUCUGUGAGCUAAAACUAAGAGACACUGUUACUGAUGUGCGCAAUCUUCCCAGUUGAACACAAAUAAAAGCCAAAUAUUCUCAACUA